AUGCAGAAGAUCAGGGUUUGUAUGCAAACAACUCAAAGCGGACAGAAGAGUUAUGUUGAUUUGAGACGUAAGGACCUGGGAUUUGUGACUGAUGAUAAAGUAUUCUUAAAGGUGGCACCUAUGAAAGGUAUUCUGAGGUUUGGCAGGAAAGGGAAGCUAAGUCUGAGGUUCGUUAGACCUUUCGAGGUCUUAGAGCAAAUUGGCCCCGUAGCUUACCGAUUGGCAUUACCUCCAGCAUUGUCUUCAUUCCAUAAUGUCUUCCAUGCUUCGAUGCUGAAAAAGUAUGUGACAAAUCCGUUCUAUAUAGUGAAUUUUGAGCCUUUUCAGUUGAAUGACAAAUUGAGCUACGAGGAGAAACCUGUAGAAAUUCUCGCCACAAAGGUAAAGACAUUGCACCAUAGGGAGAUAACUUUUGUAAAAGUGUUAUGGCAGAAUCGUCAGUUCAAGGAAGCCACCUGGGAGCGAGAAGAUGAGAUGAGAAUCCAGUACCCGGAGUUGUUCCAACAGUAA